CACAGGACUGUCGGAUACCUUGAAGAUCCGGAGGCGAGGCUUUCCUCCAUAUAAAACGAACGCAGUAUGCUGCCGCAUCAGUUAGUGUCGGUUCCGGAAGACAGACAGACCACAUCAUCAUGAAACGAUUCCUGUUAUUGUCGGUGCUGGCGAUUGCGCACGCGCAGUUCCCAAACGGACGCAUCCUAGAACCUCCAGUACCCUCACAGUGUGUGCAACGCGUCAUUCAUGAAAGAUACGCCGACAACAAGGGUUACUUUUUCUCGUGGAGGGACCCGGCCUUACGUGGUGUUGAAGAGGACUGGCUAAGCGCAAGAAACUACUGUCGUCAGCGUUGCAUGGACCUUGUCUCCUUGGAAACAAGUGACGAAAAUGAAUGGGUGAAAGCUCGUAUCGUUCAAGAUAAGAUAAAAUACAUAUGGACUUCGGGUCGCUUAUGCGACUUCAAAGGCUGCAACCGACCGGAUCUUCUGCCCAACGAGGUCAACGGAUGGUUCUGGACUGCAGAGCUUCAAAAACUUGCUCCCACUACGAACCGCCAACAAAAUGACUGGUCAGAAGGCGGCGGUAUUGGCAAACCCCAACCUGACAACAGGGAGCUGAUUCAGGGAGGCGCUGCGGAACACUGCGUGGCGAUUCUAAACAAUUUCUACAAUGAUGGGGUCCACUGGCAUGACGUCGCCUGUCAUCAUCGCAAACCAUUCGUCUGCGAAGAGAAUGACGCGCUCCUGAAAUACGUCCGAUACACCAAUCCGAAUUUGAGAGUCUAAGAUUCAACGUCACAACACAAUAUAAUAUUUUAAUAAUUCUCAUGAAUGUAAACAAAUUGACAUAAAAGAAAAAAAAUUACGAUAUUCGACCAACCCGUAACGUAGAUAGUUACGAUCGAAAAUACUUUAAAACCGAAAUAAUUUCUUAUAACAUUUUGCAUUCAAAUGUUAUCUUAGAUUUAAGCCUUACCUCAUUGAAUAUUUAUUUCAGUAUUUAAGCAUACAAGUAGUCAGUACAAAUCCAACAAAUACUUAUUUAAUAAAGACUGCUUUAAUUUA